AUGGCCUCCACACUUGAAGGGACAACAAUUUUUCUGGCACUCUUAGUUCUAGGAAUAUGGGCUUCUCAAGCCGAUUGCCGAAGACCGCUAGACGAAGCUUCUAUUCGAGCGAAACACGAACAAUGGAUGGCUCGUCAUGGGCGCGUCUACAAGGACAAUGCAGAGAAGGAAGAACGUCUUAAGAUAUUCAAGGAGAAUAUGGAAUACGUAAAGAAUUUCAACAGCCAAAAGAAUCAAACUUUCAAGUUGAGCAUCAAUCGAUUUGCGGACUUGACAAAUAAAGAAUUCAUUCGCUAUCGUACCGGUGGGAAAUUGGUCUCAAGACCACCCGGAGUUCAAUCACUCGCGUAUGAAGCCCUAAGUGGCGAUGCUCCUUCUAGCAUCGACUGGAGGCAAAAAGGAGCUGUCACUAGUGUUAAGGAACAAGGAAAAUGUGGAUCUUGUUGGGCACAAGCCGCCGCAGCAGCAGUUGAGGGCCUGACUAAGAUCAAAACGGGCAAACUGCCCACGCUGUCGGUGCAAGAACUCCUGGACUGUGUCACGAACAGCGCAAUCACUCGAGGCUGCGCGGAAGGAAACCAGGACGAUGCCUUUGCAUACAUAAAAGAAAACGGAGGCAUAACCAGCGCGUCGAAUUACCCGUACAAGGCGAAGGACGGAACUUGUGACAAGAAUAAAGCGUCCCAACAUGCUGCCAAGAUCAGCGGCUACGCAGUGGUGCCUGAAAACAACGAGGACGCCUUACUAAACGCCGUGUCCAAACAACCGGUCGCCGCAUUUGUAAAUUCAGCGGGCAAAGAGUUUCAGCUCUACUCGAGCGGGGUCUUCUCUGGAAAUUGUGGCACGUCGUUGGACCAUAUCUUGACGAUCGUCGGCUACGGAACAUCUGAAGAUGGUAAAAAAUACUGGCUACUUAAGAACUCAUGGGGCACCAACUGGGGUGAGAGUGGUUACAUGAGACUCCAGAGAAACCCCGGUUUCGCACAAGGCCGUUGUGGUAUUGCCAUAUAUGCUUCCUAUCCAACUGCCUAACUAACUAAUCCCUAAGGUGGUCUUGGCUAUAUAACCUGAAACCAGAUUUCCA